AUGCAGGGAUCACCUACAUGCCCUCACCCCACAGGAUCCAGCUCUAUAAAGGGAUCACUUACAUGCCCUCACCCCACAGGAUCCAGCUCUAUGCAGGGAUCACCUACAUGCCCUCACCCCACAGGAUCGAGCUCUAUAAAGGGAUCACUUACAUGCCCUCACCCCGCAGGAUCCAGCUCUAUGCAGGGAUCACCUACAUGCCCUCACCCCACAGGAACCAGCUCUAUAAAGGGAUUACCUACAUGCCCUCACCCCACAGGAUCCAGCUCUAUGCAGGGAUCACUUACAUGCCCUCACCCCACAGGAUCCAGCUAUUUGCAGGGAUCGCCUAAAUGCCCUCACCCCACAGGAUCCAGAUCUAUAAAGGCAUCACUUACAUGCCCUCACCCCACAGGAUCCAGCUCUAUGCAGGGAUCACCUACAUGCCCUCACCCCACAGGAUCCAGCUCUAUGCAGGGAUCACCUACAUGCCCUCACCCCACAGGAUCCAGCUCUAUAAAGGGAUCACUUACAUGCCCUCACCCCACAGGAUCCAGCUAUAUACAGGGAUCACCUACAUGCCCACACCCCACAGGAUCCAGCUCUAUAAAUGGAUCACUUGCAUGCCCUCACCCCACAGGAUCCAGCUCUAUGCACGGAUCACCUACAUGCCCUCACCCCACAGGAUCCAGCCCUAUGCAGGGAUCACCUACAUGCCCUCACCCCACAGGAUCCAGCUCUAUAAAGGGAUCACUUACAUGUCCUCACCCUACAGGAUCCAGCUCUAUACAGGGAUCACCUACAUGUCCUCACCCCACAGGAUCCAGCUCUAUAAAGGGGGCACCUACAUGCCCUCACCCCACGGGAUCCAGCUCUAUCAAGGGAUCACUUACAUGCCCUCACCCCACACGAUCCAGCUCUAUGCAGGGAUCACCCACAUGCCCUCACCCCACAGGAAUCAGCUCUAUAAAGGGAUCACUUACAUGCCCUCACCCCACAGGAUUCAGCUCUAUGCAGGGAUCACCUACAUGCCCUCACGCCACAGGAUCCAGCUCUAUAAAGGGAUCGCUUACAUGCCCUCACCCCACAGGAUCCAGCUCUAUGCAGGGAUCACCUAUAUUCCCUCACGCCACAUGA